AUGUUUUUACCUCGUCUCGUUCGGUAUAGGACCGAAAGGUUUAUAAAAAUGGUACCUACCAGGACCUUACGACGAAUUAGCCAUAACAGCGGGGAAUCGAUUCAAAAACAGGUCUUGACUCUUAUCAGUGCAGAUGCGAGUUUAAAUGAUGAUGACAAGUUGAAAAUACGAAAAUAUUGGUCUGACAUGGCGGACUAUAAAAGUCUUCGGAAACAGAAAAAUAGCUUACUGGAAAACUCUAUAUUGCACGAGAUCAAGAUCGAAGACUUUAUCAAAUUUAUCAAUCGCACCAAAACCUCAUCUAUGACUACAAGAGGGCUUUAUAGAAGAGAAUGUCUGUAUCAAUGCAAGGCAAACUUGGACCUAGUCAAUCAAGUAGUCUCCCAAGUCUCAUCAGCAAGACAACAAAGGCCCCUAACUACGCAAUUGGACACUAUGCGCUGGUGCGUUGAUGAUGCCUUUAGUACUGGGGACAUAGUCAUGGCUGCAGACCUUUUCCUGUUGUACUACAGAUUAUUCACAGACGAUAAAAAGCUAGACGACCAAUAUGCGAAGAAAAUAAUAUCAGCAUUAGCGUACCCGAACCCAUUGCAUGAUCAUGUCCAUCUAGUAAAAUAUUUACAAUUGAACUCUUUAUUUGAAAGGAUAUUCGGAAACGGUAUAAAAUUGACCCGGUAUCAAUUAGAAACUCUAUCCAAUAAGGCUCUCGGCUUGAGUAAUGAAGCUCCGCAAUUAUGCAAGGCUAUACUGAACAAGCUGAUGAAUGUAAAUUAUUCUUCGAAUAAUGAGUUGAAGCUUCGAGAUGAUCAAGUACUACUUGCGUACAAAUCCAUUGAUGAAAAUUAUAGAAGAGGAAAUGUUGCAAGUGUGUAUUUUACUUGGAACAGAAUCAAAGAGUACUAUGUUUCCAUUUCUGCACAUGACUCCAGAAUUAUUUAUAAAGUCUUCAAGAUUUGUACGCAUAAUAGAGCCUAUAGGUCUAUAUGUAGCGAGAUGUUUUGGCAAUUAACUCCGGAAUAUUAUUGCAAUAACCCUUUGAUACUACCAGCAAUCAUUGAUUUCAUUACAAAGCGGGAUUCUUUAACAAUGGCCAAGGAACUCAUGCAAAAUAUUAACAGGUACACUUUACCCGAGAAUCAUCAUAUUGUUUGGCUGAACAAAAGAUGUCUUUCUUCAUUGCUGAGGAUGCAUUUGAAGUUUAAUGACUCUAACGGUGUAGAUAAGGUUUUGAAACAAAUAACAACAAAUUUCAGGGCGCUUUCGCAGGAAAAUUAUCAAGCGAUAAUUAUUCACCUUUUCAAAACACAAAACCUUGAUCAUAUCGCUAAGGCGGUCAAAUUACUCGAUACUAUACCACCCAAACAAGCGAUGUUGGCCUAUGGUUCAAUUAUCAACGAGUUGGUUGAUUGGAAGUUGGCUUCAAAGGUGAAAUUCACCGAUAAUUUGAUGGCUCUUAUAAACGAUUUACUGAUGAAAGCACAUGACUUUGACCCUGACCAUAGAAACUCUCUUUGGAACGUCAUUUCCUCUUUGUACAUUAAGAAACUUUGUCAUUAUAAGAAACAGGAUGGUAAAUUUGUUACCAAUGCAAAGGAGAAUAUCGACUUGGCAAAACUACUAUACAUGGAUGCUUCAAAAAGGGGCAAGAUAAACUGGUCAAAAUCAAACAGUAAUCCAUUCAUCGUAUCCUCCCCAACUGAUGUCAAAUUAAAAAUAAAUAAUCAAAAUAGGUUUACUAUUUUAAGGAAUAUUGCAUUAAGCGCCUUACAGAUAGGAAGGAUAGACGUUUUUCUUUGGGCGUGUGCGGAAUUGUACCAGAAUGGUAUGACAAUUGAGGAACUAAAUUUGGACUGGAAUUUCAUUUUAAAACAUCAAAUUAGAAAUUCAGAAUUCAAGACAAACAAGGAGAUCAUACAAGAUAUUAAAAAGCAUGGCGUUUCGGCUAUUAAACGUUAUUUAAGGUGA